AUGAUUCGAGCAGUAUUUCAUCACACGAGGUCAUUGUGCGGAGUUGAUCGUUAUUUCGAUUCAUUCGUCAAGACUCCUCUUGAUGCCACGCUGCCAACCAUCUCCAUGACAACCAGCACAAUUCUCUCGGGCAUUUCUAGUUUCUUCUUUGGACCUCGAAGUCAGACGAACUUCAUUUCAGACUCUCCUGCCGCUAAUCAAUUUUGUUAUUUUCGUUUUGCUGUCAUGAAAAGUGAAGCGAGGAAAUUCGAGGAGGAAAGUGGGUUGGAAAUAAAUAAAGAAUUAAUGAAAAAUCCUUCUUUGGAUAUCCAAGUUGUUUUUCAAUUGGCCUGUAAGAAGCUCGGUGUCCUUCCGUCCCCACUGUUGCACUACCAUCACCUCUCUAUCUAUAGGCAAGCAGCAUUCAUCCUCGACAUACCUCAGCAUCAUUUUCUCUUUCCUCUCCUAUGGAAUGACUUUCUCACAAGUUAUAUGCACAGACUUCCGAAUAAAGAUGGUAUAGGCCAUCGUUACUUCACCUUACCAGAAGAUAUUUCAUUGUUGAAAAAGUUGAAAAAAUGUUCGAGCGAUGUUCAACUGAACUUAUCUGGAAAGGCUGAUGAGAAGCCUUUGUUGGCCAUGUACAGAGCGAUAACGUUGUGGCUGGAUGAGCCGAGGUUGCACGACAGAAGCCUGUCAUUCUCUUCGUUGCCGUCCCAGUAUCAGCCCAACGUUCUCAACGCCAUCAUCAACAAACACAACGUACCGUUCACAUUUCUUAAUUCUUUGCUUGAUUUUUAUUCAGAUUUGUGCAAACCUGACGAACAACCUUUCUGGGAAAUGACUGCAGGAAGAUUCGUACAAACGUGUCAAGUAAGUAAGGAGGGAGAUAUAUACGCUGAUGAAGAGGGGUCUAGGAAAAGAGAAGCAGGAGCUGAUGGAAGGUUGCACCCGAAAACUGAAAAUGAAUCUUGUGCUUUCAUUAAACUUGGACCACCAUCAACGGACAAAACAUUCAACUACAUUGGAGGACUGGAGGCCUGGAUUGCUUUCGUUGGUAACGCAGGAAUGAGUGAUGUGAUAUCGACACAAAUCAAACGAUGGUUUUUGGAUUCCAUAGAGGGGAAAGUUUCUAGCAACGUCAAGCAUUUGAAUAACUUGCGUACUUCUAUGGCUAUAAAAAGUUCAUCGGAGAGAUUGAACGCGCAUUUGCUUCAGAAUGUUUCCAGCAAACCUCAGCCUGCCCCCCUCCCGCUGCUCCUCUAUCCUCACAGCCACAACUUUCGCGAGGAAUUCAUUCUCGACCAUCAGAGCUCGUUCGUCAGGCGAUCCUCUCUGAACAAGCGCCUGAACGAUGAGAUAGUCCGGUUGUUGAGGGUCUUGCACCUGAACGUCAGCACCGAGUCGGUUGUGACGUUACGUUGUAAGAGUUACGUCAGUCCCCUCCACCGUUGCAAGGGACCGGCCGUCCUCACACUGAGGCACCAGCAAAAAUGUGUGGAUGAGAUUGUCAGCAGAAACUUAACAGAGCAGGAGAACAAGUUGAUGAGGCUGACAACUGAGUCUUCCACGCCUCCCCAUCAGAGCGUUUUCCUGUCAUUUAGCCGACUUGAAAAUAUAAUCGAUGCACUUGUGAAAUGUCAAGGCCUGAUGUCUCAUGAAAUGCGCUCCAAGCAUGAGUAUGCCCAAGUUGCAACUUUCCUAUUUUACAAGAUCCUCUCUAACAUGACUGAGAGCAACAACAACUGUCCCAUCACCACAGAAAGCUUUUCUUCUUAUGUUGAUAUACUUGGCAAGGCAUUCAUCGUGAACAAUCCGUCGCAGCCAAGCGUUCUCUUAUUGGCAAUACAACACAAUCCGAAUUUUAAUUCAAUGCUCACUCCAUUCUUCAAUCCACAAUCGAAUCUGAACGACUUCGUUCAGUUGUACGCUCAAGUUUUGCAGAUGCUUCCUUCAAAGGCUAGCGGUGCUUCCAGUGGAGGCGACGACGACGAUGAUUCGGACGAGUACGUAUCAAUACUUCUCGGCAACAACGUAGGGAACGACUCACGCAUCAUUCUUCCAGAAGAUGUCGUUCUAUGUCUUCUUACUAAGUUCGAUAUAACAUCUUGGUUGAUGCACGCUCGCACUACUUAUGCCGAUCAUGUUGAACUCUUAAACCACAUUAUCAAUGCUCUCAUGAUCACAAAACAUUCAACGAGGAUGCAAGUGGUUUUCAAGCAGCACUUGCUGGUCUUGUGCAAGCACCGUCCUCCCGGUCAUCUCGUCUUCCAUCUGAUAGAUGCUCUGCUCAAAGUGGGAAUCUAUUUCAUCGGUAGAGAAAUAAUUACUGUGUCAUUGUUAGGUACAGAAAGUGGCAGACUAAAUGCAGACGUCUGGGAGAUCAUGCUCAAUGUUAUUGGCUGCACGUGGACGAAUGCAUUUGAUGAUGAACAAAAUUUUUCAUUCUCCUUCGAUGAAAAUGUCAUUAAUCUCUUUGGCGAAGAAGAGGUUUUAAAAAUAAUUCAAAUCAUGGGAUGUUAUUUUCAUGGAAGAUUGCAACACAAAAGCAACAAUAGCAGCAAAAGGAGUUCGAAGUGGUUCAACAUUCGUUACAGAAAAUAUGUAAAACAAUUUGGAAAAGUUUUGUUCUGUGUCAGUCUGCUUAUUAUUCAGCAUACGUACAACUCAACCAUGAGGUCUUCAUCGUACGAUCCAAUCACAAAUAUCUCGACAAGUGUCGAUAUGCUUUUUGAUAAAAUCCAGUACAUUUACGACCCUUGGAUAAGCUGGAAAAAUAAUUUAAAACAAUGCUGGUUGGAAAAUUGCAAUCUGCUGACAACAAACAUGCAUCUGGUCUCAACAAUGAUGUUAUCCUGGGUGAAAUCGUUGGAGGCAGUGCAGACGUAUUUUGGCGGAAAGAUACAUCAGCCGUGCCAACUACUUAACAGACUUUGGCAUUUUUAUGUAGUCCAAUCAGAUGUCCAAGCUAUGCCUAACUUCUUAUCAGAUGUUCUGCACAAUCAUCUCUACUUGCUACCAUGGCGAUUUUAUCUGCCUACCGCAACAGAUUAUUCGAAGCCUUGUUUUGAAAUGGUCGGCCACGUUUUUACUUCAGUUAACUGGCUGGAAGCAGUUGAUCGUUUGCGUCGCCCGAACAAUUAUAAUGAAAGAUUUUCUGCGGGCAGCGAUGAUAGAAAUAAUGAUGAGUACGAAAAUGAUUGUGUGGUUCAUCGACUCAUAUUCGUCCUCCUGGUGAGAAUGGCCGCUGAAGAGACCAUAAUAAAGAACAGCCAGUUAUCAUCCUUAAUAUUGUCUAAAAAUCUGUUUGAUUGGAAGCAAAAAUUAGAUUCGUCAACUUUUCAGCAAGCAGCCCAAUCAUACGUUGAUAGAUGUAACUACAUUAAUAAAAUUUUCUCGCUUGAUCUGACUGAUUGCCACACUUGUGUCCUGAGCUUAUUGAAAGAAGCUGCAUGCUUUAAUUGUCGAGAAAUUGCGCCAACAGCCGAAAUGUUGGCAGACGAACAAUAUCAUUUGUACCCAACCUUGUCAAGCAAUCGUUCGAAGGAAGAGGCUGAUGUUAAUGAUAAAAGAGUUUCCUACGUUCGCUUCGUUGUGCAGUUGAUAAUAAAAUCUUCCGAUGCAUCAAAUUUGGAACACAACGGCAUAAUUUUGAACAAUCUUUUAUCUGAAGUUGAAUUUGUCGUCAAAAAAUGUUCAGUUUCAGCAGCACCCAUGUGUCUUGAAUGCUGGUCCCUAUUAAACAGCUGCAAUUCUAUCGCCGCUGAGCAUUUUUUAACGGUGAUGUGAGUGAGACAGAUGGACACGGAUGGACCCGCAUACUCUCAGUUAUGCAUCUCCCUGAACUUGAUCAUAGGGAAUUUGUUCAUGAAUCUCUAAUUAACGGUUGUUAUUUCACUCUGCAUGCACUUGCGUUGAUCAAACUCUCUCAAUGUCAAUCGACUGCGGAUGAGGUGCACAUU